AGAUAGCAUGUCGUAUAACAAAAACUGCCAAGAAACUUGGUAUAAGGACUGUGGCAGUCUAUAGCGAAGCAGACAGAAAUUCUAUGCAUGUGGAACAAGCUGAUGAAGCUUAUUGUAUUGGACCAGCUCAAUCUAGCCAGAGUUACCUGCGACAAGACAAGAUUAUAUCAGUAGCCAAGCAGGCAAAAUGCCAAGCCAUUCAUCCAGGAUAUGGAUUUCUUUCAGAAAAUACAGAAUUUGCACAAUUAUGUGAAAAGGAGAAUGUUAUAUUCAUUGGUCCUCCCGCUAGUGCGAUACAAGACAUGGGUAUCAAGAAUACCUCAAAGGCUAUCAUGACAAAAGCUGGAGUUCCUAUUAUAGAAGGAUAUCAUGGUGAGAAUCAGACAAAUGAAAUUCUAUUGACAGAAGCCAGGAAGAUUGGCUUUCCAUUGAUGAUUAAGGCUGUGCGCGGUGGUGGUGGAAAAGGUAUGAGAAUUGCUCAGAAAGAAUCCGAUUUCAUUGAGGCAUUGGAAUCCGCAAGAACCGAAUCUGAGAAAGCAUUCGGUGAUUCGGCAGUACUUUUGGAAAAAUAUGUUACUGAACCUAGGCAUGUAGAAGUACAGAUUUUCGCUGAUAAACAUGGAAACGCCGUUUAUCUGUUUGAAAGAGAUUGCUCUGUACAAAGGAGACAUCAAAAAGUAAUUGAAGAAGCGCCUGCUCCUGGCAUUUCCCAGCAGCUUAGGCAAGAAUUGGGCGAAGCGGCUGUUCGUGCAGCUAAAGCUGUAGGAUAUGUGGGCGCUGGAACGGUAGAAUUCAUAAUGGAUCGGAACAAUCACAGUUUCCACUUUAUGGAAAUGAAUACGCGUCUCCAAGUAGAACAUCCCGUUACAGAAGCAAUUACCAAUUUGGAUCUGGUUGAAUGGCAAUUGAGAGUCGCAAGUGGUGAAGAACUCCCGUUAAAACAAGAACAGAUUAAGCUUAACGGCCAUGCAUUUGAAGCAAGAAUUUAUGCUGAAAAUCCAAGGAAUGGUUUCUUACCAGGAGCUGGUCAGCUUUUAUACUUGAAGCCUCCUGAAGCAAGGGAUAAUGUCAGAGUCGAAACCGGAGUGCGACAGAACGACGAGGUAUCUGUACAUUACGAUCCGAUGAUUGCAAAAUUAGUGGUCUGGGGAAAAGACAGGAACGAAGCUCUUAAAGUACUCACAUCAAAUCUCAGUGAAUAUAAUAUAGCUGGCUUAGAUACAAACAUAGAAUUUAUCAAAGAUCUUUGUGCACAUCCGAAAUUUCAAAGUGGCGAAGUGCACACAGGAUUUAUUGAGGAGAACUUUGAACAACUAUUUCCUAAAUUACAUAUAUCUAACAAAAUAUUGAUACAAGGAACUCUCGCCUUGAUUCUGUAUGAGGAUAUGGAGUCGUUAAGUAUAUCCUUAGAAACAAAGAAUCCUUUUACUCCAUUUGCUAUAGAAACUGGACUGAGAUUAAAUCAUAUAUUAAGCCGUACUUUUCUCUUCGAUGUUGGAAACGAAAAUAACUCGGUGGAAGUGAAGUAUGUCGAACCAGAUGUAUAUCUAAUGAGAGUCAACAGAUUAGGAUCCUGGAAAAAAGUAAUUGGUACCUUGAAGAAGACUAAUGGUGCUUUAGAAUUGCUUGCAGAAAUUGAUGGGAUUAUCACUAAAGCACGAACGGUGAAACUUAAUAAUAAGUUACACAUAUUUACGAUUACGGAUCGUGAAUGGCAACUGGUUAUUCCUACUCCCAAAUUCGUGACUGCGAUUACAAACCAGUCGGAGCAAAAUCCAUACACGGCUCUAAGCCCAAUGCCUGGAUUAGUUGACAAAAUUUUCAUUAAUAAGGGAGAUGUUGUAAAGAAGGGUGAUUCUUUGCUUGUGAUUGUCGCUAUGAAAAUGGAGCAUAUUAUUAAGGCCUCCAUCGAUGGAAUGAUUGAGGAUGUGCUGUGUUCUAUAGGUGACACCGUUAAAAAAAAUAAGCUUCUUGUGAAAUUGGCCAAGUGCUAGGUCAUGUGAUAUACAUAAAAGAAAGCACUGAUUAAAAAUAAAAGCUACUGAUAAAAGGA